CCAGCACUGAUUUCUGUCUCGCUCCUCUGUCAGAUCUCAGCCACGGGCCAGCUCACGUCCACGGAUUAAACUCGGACCUCUGUGGAAUACUUUUUUCUUCCCUCUUCCUUCACUUCUUCUCUUCCUGUUCUAUCCGAGUUGGAAACUAUGAAGCUGUGUGUGCUGGCCGUUCUCGCCCAUGUCCUCGUUAUUUUCAGUCUGGCGAGCGGCGCAUCUAUAGACAGGUACGAGUCUGAGAAGCCUGCACAAACGACCGUGAUUCACCUGCUGCGCACGUCUGAGGUUCUGAACGACAGAAGGCCUACCAACGACAGCAAGCACCAAGAGGACGACCGACAAGAGGAUGAGGAGGAGUACUACUACGACGAUGAUGAGCAAGACGAAUACGAGCUGUCGGGGGAUUUCGAGAUGCCUCAAGUCGCAUUUUCGAGCAAACCGAAAGACCCGUCCACAGUGCUGAAUGCAGAGAGGCACGCAGGUGAAGAGAACGAGAGGAAAGGGAAGGGAGGGAAGAAAGGAAAGGGAAAGGGGAAAGGGAAGAAGAGGAAUCCUUGCCUGAAGAAAUAUAAGGAUUAUUGCAUCCAUGGAACGUGCCAGUAUCUGAGAAGGCUCGGCCCCUCGUGCAUAUGCGAUAAAGAUUACACAGGAGAGAGGUGCCACUUUUACACAUUACCUGUAGGAACACAUGAAGAAGGCUACAGUCGGACGACGGCCCUCGCCGUCGUGGCUGUCGUUCUCUCGUCACUCUGCCUAACCAUCAUCGGCCUCCUCUUAGCUCUCAGGUUUCACAAACGAGACACAUACGAUGUAGAAAACGAGGAGAAGGUUAAGCUUGGCACGUCUACACAUCGCUAAAUCACAGGAGCUCACGGGUGGCUGUGAAGUCUUUGAAAUUCUACCUCAAAAUAAAAUAGACAAGAUGAAGGCCGAGAGAGAGAGAGAGAGAGAGAGAGAGAGAGAGAGAGAGAGAGAGCAUUACGGAUGUUGUCUAAGUCAUGACGUCACAAAGGACUCAUCAAGAUGUUCAGCAGUGUAUAACCGGAGCUCAGUGCUUGGCCCCCUGGAGCUGCAGUGUGGACUGAGGACUGAGACACUAAUCAAGUUUUGUACGCAAAUAUCGGCGUACUGUGGGUCCGGACAUUCACUGAUAAAGAGAUGUGGCCCUGAAAUGACCUAUUUUUACCUGUAAAAAAAAAUUUCUAUUUAUGUACAUUUGUUUGUUUUUCAGACCCUAGUGUUAAUUUAUUUAUUUAAAUAUUUAUUUGUACCAAACUUUAGAGGCUCUGAUUUUACUGUCCAUGUGUUUGAAAUGUGUCAUAUAUAUAUAUAUAUAUAUAUAUAUAUAUAUAUAUAUAUAUAUAUAUAUAUAUAUAUAUAUAUAUAUAUAUAUAUACUGUAUUUAUUAAAAUUUCAGAAUUAUUAUGAAAAGACUCUAAUAUGACAAAACAACAAUCAAAAAAAGCAAAAGCAUUUUGUUUGUUGAAUACUUCAACAACUAGUAAUUGAAGCAUUUCUCCCUCCUUUUACAGUAUUAAAUACUUUCAUGAACAUGUUUUGUGCUUCACAUCCAACUUUCAAAUAUCUAUAGUUUCUUGCUUAUUGAGAAAACAUGAUGAAACCACAUUUAAAAAAAAAAAAAGUUUUACAGCAGUUUUAUUCAGCCAGGAAAGCUUUCACAGUGUUAAAAAAAAGAAAAAUGUGAAUUAAAAAGCCUGAUAAAAAAAAACCUAAA